GUAGAAAUGAUCAUAGCUGAUGGAAAAUCCCAAAUGCUGAGUCAGCACAAACUCUCCAUCGCCGUUCCCCUGCCCUGCAGCCCUGAGAGCGUUCGGCCGCGCAAUGCGUCAUUCUUCACACACGUGGCUCACGAUCUCGUCAAUGCCGUGUUGCGCCGGCCCGAUCGGACAUAGAACAGUAACCCACUGUCGCUGUUCAUCAGGCUCCAUUGCUUCCAGACGAUACCACGUGCAUAAUUUUAUGAGCAUAGCUAGCUCUACAUCUGACGAAUGCUCUGAUUACAUGACAUCAAUGCAAUGCAAUGACCGCAAUGACCCAUAAUGCGACAGGCGCGAUUCUCCACGCGACUGCCAACUGCUCACGCGCUUGAGCUCGACCAUGAAACGGACUGAGCUUACGACACUGCUUUGAGAGACACCAAGUGGCACUACAUCUAUACAGCUAGUAUUCACAACAAUUAUCCGCCUCAAUGGCCCGCAAGGCGCGGCAUCGCAUCAGCUACGUGCUACCACUACCCAAUGCAGCCGGAGGCCACAGACUAGGAGUAAAUGGGCUCGCUGUAGAUUCAACGAACUCCAUUCUGUAUUCAGCUGGGCGUGAUGGCUGUCUCUGCACCUGGGAUCUUCACCUCGAUGUCCACAAUGGCCGCCCUCUCGAUUACGAUGCUAAGCCUCCCACCUCUCCCGCGACUACAUUUAAACAGCAAAUCCAGGCGCAUACGCACUGGAUCAACGAUAUUGCCCUUGCCCAAUCUGGCCGAGCACUGGUCUCAGCUUCGUCAGACAUCACUGUAAAAUUAUGGAGACCGGCGGCAGCUGAUGGCCAGCCCCCACAAACGAUUGGUCUGCACAGCGAUUAUGUAAAGACGCUCGCCGUACCUUCGGCCACGAGUGAUUGGAUUGCGAGCGGUGGUCUGGAUCGCAAGAUUUGUCUAUGGGACUUGAAUGGUGGCGGACAAAAGCUUGCGAUCAACGUCGGAGAUGACGAAGCGCAUAGCCUGCUCAGUGUGGAGAAGGGCAGCGUAUAUGCCCUGGCUGCGACCAACUCAAUAAUAGCAAGUGGUGGGCCAGAAAAGACUGUGAGAGUAUGGGAUGCGCAAUCGGGAAAGAGGAUAACGAAGCUUGUGGGGCACACCGACAAUAUUCGGGACAUUUUGAUCAGUCAGGAUGGAACGACGAUUAUGACUGCAAGCAGCGAUUGCACUGUGAAGGUGUGGAGUACAACCGCAGGACGCUGCAUGUAUACUCUGACCAUGCACGACGCUAGUGUCUGGUCGCUAUUCUCCGACGAGCCGGAUCUGUCGAUCUUUUACUCCAGCGACAGGAACGGGUUGGUAGCCAAGACGGACACGAGAAAUGUAGUCGAGCUUGACGAAGGUCUCUCAUUGACGCUCCUCCAAGAACACGAAGGUGUGCACAAAGUCGUUGCCAGUGGUGGCUACGUUUGGGCGGCAACGAGCAGGCCGAGUAUCAACCGAUGGCGAGAUGUCAGCACUGACGAUCUCGAAGUUGAAAUGCCUGAGCGUUCGCUGCAUCCUCACCAUCGAUCUAGCGCCACAACUUAUGCUAGCAAGUAUGGAAGCCUUUCAAGUCGAAGGGAAACCAUGCAAAGCUCAAUAGAACAUGCUGCUCCAGCGCCCGGGAAGCGGAGAAUACCAUCCAAACACGUACUUCGACUGACGAAUACCGGCUUUCUUCCAUUCGCAGCCAUUCCUGACCCCGAGGUAGUCUCAAUGCAUGGCCGUUCAGAUUCGCAGAACAUUGAAGCCCCGGGAACGCAUGCCAUUCGAACACAGCCCGAUGGAUCUAUCGAAGGCCAGAAUGGCUUGAUCAAGCAUGUCAUGCUCAGCGAUAGGAGGCGAGUGCUGACUCUUGACACCGCCGGUGAAGUGGUCAUGUGGGAUCUGCUGAGAUGCGUCCCUGUUCGAUCCUACGGUAAGCGCCAUCUAGAUGACGUCAAGGCUGAAGAGACAGUGAGCACGACGACGGUGCCCAAUUGGUGCUCUGUCGAUACUCGCACAGGAAGUCUUGCUGUGGUAUUGGAAGAACAGACCUGCUUCGAUGCAGAAAUGUAUGCCGACGAAUUACAGCUCGACCCUGAGGUUGUGUUGAAGGAGGAUGCCCGUAUCAAUUUGGGCAAAUGGGUGCUUCGAAGCCUCUUCACAAAACUCGUAGAUGAGGAGGUCAGACGCGAUAACGAAUUCCGCAAGACUCUCUUUGCUGAGUUUGAGCGGCAGAAGCUCACCGGAAGUCCUUCAGCUUCGAUGAAGAUUCAAAUACCUCCUGCGAAUAUCAGCAGCUGGCGAGGCCAUACAUCUGGUCCAGACUCGUCUUCUACAUUACGAGCAAAUACGAAUGGAGCGAGCAAGGUACCGUUCACGCCAGGCUUUGGAAUUGGUGUGGCAACUCCAGCCGUAAUAUCUCCGCCCAAGACCUCAGCCACCCUCGGCGCUCUAUCACCAAGUGUAGAGAGCAGAACAUCCAGCGAUCAGCCUAGUGAUCAAAAUGCUCCACGAAAAUCUGGCGAGAGGGAAGAUGAUUACUUUUCGACUCUGCGAGCCCCCAGCACUGAUGUGACAUCUCCUGGUGGAAACUCCGUCUUUGCUGCGACGCCCGGUGAGGUGCCGGAUGCCGUAGCCGCUCCAACCGAGACUUCUGGUGGCCAGGAGGUAAUCAAAGAAGGCUUGUUCGGCAAGAAAUUCCUUAAGAGCAUGUCCUUUUCGGGCAUGAAGAAGCUCGGUCGCUCACAAACAGGCGAAAACAAAGCCGUACCCGGAGAGAAAGACGAGAACGAUGCACUUAACAAAGAGAGCAGCUCAAAUGAUGGCCCGAGCAACAACAAAGAAACACUCCAGGGUUUGGUCAAUAAAAUUCAUCACGCUUAUGAAGAGUCCCUACGUCACCAAGUUCAGGCUCAACAAGCUCGCGAGAACGGCAUGCCCAUUGCCGCCGCUCCAAUUGAAUUAGUUACGAUGAUCACACCUCCUCCACCCGACGAAACCCCUCUCCUCCUCCCGCCGCCGAACACAACGAUCCUCAUUCAGGAAGACCGACCCGAGGCAGGCGGUGUCGCCGACCUCUUCGAGGGUCGCGUGAGCAACCUCGGCGAACAAUGCGACCUCGUCGAACGCGCCGCACCACUCUGGCUUGGCGACUUGCUAUUGAAGAAUCUCCUGCCUUUCAAAGAGAUUACCAAAAUCUCCUUCAUCCUUGAACCCUGGCAGGACAAACUCCCGCCCGUAUCGGGCCCGUCGUCGGGUGGCGAAGGCGCAAAUCGUCUCAAUGCCAACCGCAUGCUCCGGGCCAGAAAGAUUCUCGCGUAUGUCGCCGAGCGCAUUGAGCCGCAGGAGCAAUGGCAGCCUGGAGCGAUGUCUUCCGCGGAGAUCAAUAUGAUGCGACCGGAGGAGUAUUUGGAGUUGUGGUGUCAGGAUAAGCUCGUGCCGCCGACGAUGACGCUACUUACGAUCCGCACACAUCUUUGGAAAGGACCUGGAAAUGAUGUUCUGCUGCACUACAAGGCCAAUGGCGCUAAGAGGAUGUCGCUUGUAUCUUCACCGCAAAAAAGGAAAUCAGGCGUGCCGUGAUGCUCGAAUUUAUUCAUUACAAGACCUAUGACCGAAAAGACCUUCGGGAUAUGUGUGGACCAAUUUUACACAAGAGACCCGUUCCACAAAGAUUCAUCUGCCAUUUCCUGAAAGACUUGAAAUAUCCUUAAAACAUUUUAAAGCCUGGCGUGAUUAUUCGAAGUUCGUACUAAGUAAGUCUGGCCAAAAAGGUCUCACCCGACACAUCGUCGAUCUCGAUGGAGUGUCUGGUCGCUCAGCGCGCUGCCCGAGAAAAAGCUUGUAAGCCAAUCCAUCCACCAUCUCAAUUGCUUCCUUGACAGCAUCGGCCGAUAACAGCGCAUCUGUUGCCUGGAGAAUUGAAUCAAA